AUGGCCUCGGAUUUGGAGGGGCAGCAAAUUUUGGGGGGUGGCCAGUGCCCCCUGGACCUGCUUGGUGGUGCCCCUGCUUCUAGGUCCAAGCCGAAGAAGGUCGGCCCCAGCGUGAGCGAGUUGAUCGUGAAAGCCGUGGCCGCUUUCAAGGAGCGCAACGGCGUGUCCGCGGCCGCUCUCAAGCAGGCUCUGGCUGCCGCAGGCUACGAUGUGGACAAGAACAAGGCCCGUGUCAAGACCGCCUUCAAGAGCCUGGUGGCGAAGGGCACUCUGGUGCAGACCAAGGGCACCGGGGCCUCCGGAUCCUUCAAGAUGAACAAGGCUACUGAGACCAAAGCCAAGACGCCCGCCGCGGCCAAAGCCAAGAAACCGGCAGGACCUGCUAAGAAGUUGCCCAAGAAGGCAGCAGCAGCAGUACUUCAGCCACUAGCACGAAGUCAACCGCAUCAGAGGACAAUAGAAUGA